AUGAACCUGCCAACCAGACAGGAGUGUGAGGGGUGGGACCAGAACCAAGUGGCCCUCUUCAUGUGCAAGAACAAAAUGCAGGACUGUGCUGUGACGGUGACCCGGUUGAAAAUCAACGGACACAGACUUCUGAACCUGACAGAAAACGACAUCAGCAAGUUUAGUCUCGUCCAUCAGCCGCAGCUCCAGAAGAUUGUUCAGGACAUCAGGAAAAACGACGGCAGCUUAUUGGACCGACUCCGGAGACUGAAGACCAAAACCCGUCCAGCCGUACCGGUGAGGGACUACAGAGACAACCGCAGAGAGCACGACCACUCCUCCGACUCAGAAUAUGACAACGAGACGUACGAGGACCCGCAUGAUGACGACAGCUACGAACCUCCUCCAAGCCACAAGGAGUUCAUAACGACUCAGUUCCUGCCUCGAGGGGAGUACCUCGACAGCUGCCGUGAACGCCCCAGCAGACCACCCAAGAAGCCCCCCAUCUCAUGCAAAGCCUCCAAACAACUCCCCCCUGAGCCCCCCUGUGUGGAGUUGGAUGAAGACUACGUGGACCCAGACGGGGCGGCUGACGACGACUACGUCGAACCUUCAGAGAACCCUCCUCCAAAACUCAAGCUGCACGCUGGGACCAGAACUGGACUGGACCGUCCCCGUUUGUCCUCACAUCUACCGGAGCGAGCGCCCAGUCCUGACUUUUAUGAAGUUCCUGACAAAGAGGUCCAGGAGUCCAGCUGUGAGGACGAAUAUGAAGUCUGUGAUCCAGACGACCGUUCUGGUGACAAACCUGCAGCCGGUCCUGCUCGCCGACCCAAACCUUUAACCAAAGAAAGGUCACCAAAGCCACCGCUGGUUCCGAAACCAGAUUUAAAACCGAGGGCGUUUGAGAGUAAGUUGACGAGCACUUCCUGUUUUCCUGUUUUUCACAUUAAAGCACAGGCUAAAUUUAGGAUGUGCGUUUCUGAAGGCAGGUCCCUUCCUGUGGUGCAGACGGAGCCCAAACCCCCUCCCAAAGCCGCCUCUCUGGACUUGAAACGACAGAAAUUUUCUCUCCUGCAGUUUACCUUGCCCAAAGCAGCUGACAGAGGAGCUGCAGCUGACGCUGGAUCCACAGGAUCCACAAGUCAAGACCAGGAUGCAGACGUCGGGAACAAGCCCUGGUUUGCUGCGGCGUGUGACCGCAGGACUGCAGACGACGCGCUGCUUCGAUCCAAUAAGGACGGAGCGUUUCUGGUGAGGAACAGCUCGGGUCAGGAUGCGCAGCAGCCCUACACCUUGGUGGUGCUCUACAACAGCCGAGUGUACAACAUCCCCAUCCGGUUCAUCUCGGCCACGCAGCAGUACGCUCUGGGUCGAGCGAAGAGAGGAGAGGAGUACUUCAGCAGCGUCUCACACAUCAUCGACAACCACCAGAAGACCCCUCUGGUUCUGAUCGACAUUCAGAGUAACAGCAAAGACGCCACUAAACUGUGCCACCCAGUGAAACCAUAAUCACCA